UUUGCUUACCCUUCCAGUAAGGGCCGCAUUCUUCUGCGCCUGCGCCUCCGGUUGGGAGUUUGCCUCCGCUCCCUGGCGAGGAUGCCUCAAGAUGGCGGAGGCGGCCGAGCUGAAGCACAUGGUCAUGAGCUUUAGGGUCUCGGAGCUGCAGGUGCUGCUGGGUUUUGCCGGGCGCAACAAGAGCGGGCGCAAGCAUGAGCUGCUGACCAAAGCCCUGCAGCUGCUGAAGUCCGGCUGCAGCCCGGCCGUCCAGAUGAAGAUCAAGGAGCUCUACCGCCGCCGCUUCCCCCGCAAGAUCCUCUCCCCGUCGGAUCUGUCCAUGCUCCACCUCCAAGCCGCCGCCUCAGCCUCCUCUUCCGCCGGGCAGAUCCCCUCGGCUGCCGCUCUCACCCAGGGCGCCAUGUGCCACCUCUCCUACGACGGGGGGCCCUCGGCCGGGGCGUCCUCGGGAGCCGUGCCGCCCGGCCUGCUGCCCCCGGUGCCCCUCCUGGGCCCCAAGCGCGAGGGGGACGGAGCCCCCCACCUCCCGCACCCCGUCCACCCCGACGUCAAGAUGCGCCGCCUGCCCUUCUACGACGUCUACGACGAGCUCAUCAAGCCCACCACCCUAGCGUCGGUGAACAGCCAACGCUUUGAAGAGGCCCACUUCACCUUCGCCUUGACCCCUCAACAGGUACAGCAGAUCCUCACCUCUCGAGACAUCUUACCUGGCGCCAAAUGCGACUACACUGUACAGGUACAAUUGAGGUUUUGUUUGUGUGAAACCAGCUGCCCGCAAGAGGACUACUACCCUCCCAAUUUGUUCGUCAAAAUCAAUGGGAAGCUCUGCCCUCUUCCAGGUUAUCUUCCUCCCACCAAGAAUGGGGCGGAGCCCAAGCGCCCCAGCCGGCCCAUCAACAUCACCCCACAGGUCCGGCUUUCGGCCACCGUGCCCAAUACCAUCGUGGUCAACUGGUCCUCCGAAUUCGGCAGGAAUUAUUCCAUAUCGGUUUACUUGGUGAAGCAGCUGACGUCAGUGACGUUGCUCCAGAAGCUGCGAGCCAAAGGCAUCCGCAACCCAGACCACUCGCGAGCCCUGAUCAAAGAGAAACUGACGGCGGAUCCGGACAGCGAGAUCGCAACCACCAGCUUGCGGGUGUCUCUCAUGUGUCCCCUGGGCAAGAUGCGCCUGAUCGUGCCCUGCCGGGCCUUCACCUGCACCCACCUGCAGUGCUUCGACGCAGCCCUUUACCUGCAGAUGAACGAGAAGAAGCCCACCUGGACCUGCCCCGUCUGCGACAAGAAGGCGCCCUACGAGGCCCUCAUUAUCGACGGCUUGUUCAUGGAGAUCCUCAACUCGGUCACGGACUGCGACGAAAUCCAGUUCAUGGAGGACGGAUCCUGGUGCCCCAUGAAGCCCAAGAAGGAGAACCAGGAGCUCUGCCAGCCCUCCGCCUACAACGGGGUGGAAGCGUCUCUGUACGCCGUGAGUUCGGAGGGGAAAGCGCUGGGCGAGAGCAAGAAGAAAGUGGAGGUCAUUGACCUGACGCUGGACAGCUCCUCGGACGAGGAGGAGGAGCCCCCCGCCAAGAAGCAGGGCCCUGUCACCACGGCAACCAUCCCCUCGGCCCCGGGGCCCAAGGGGGUCCUUAGCGGCGAAGCCCCGCCCCCCUCGGUCCUGCGCAGCCCCCCCAUGGCCAGCGUGGGGGGCGACUUCCUGUCCAGCCUGCCCCUCCCGGACUACCACCCUUCCUACCAGGUGCCCUCCGACAUCCAAGGUUUGGAUUUGUUCCCAUUCCUUCAAAGCGAAAACCAGCCGCACUACAGCCCUUCGGUGAUCACUUCGCUGGACGACCAGGACAGCCUGAGCCACUUCUUCCAGUAUCGGGGGGCCUCGCCGCACUUCAUGGGCCCCUUGGCCCCCGUGGUGGUCAGUUCUCACGCCGCUCCGGCCAACGGGCGCCUGGCCAGCAUGGUCUCCUCCUCCUCCUCGCCCUCCUCCGGGCACCGGCCGCACAGCCCCACCGCCUUGACCGCCUGCCGGCCGGACAUCAUCUCCCUGGACUGAAUGAAGAAACCCUUUGCUGGACAUCCACGGGGUCAUCAUACACAUCACCUUGCAACUUGUUCACCUUUCGUUUUGGCGAUCUGCAUUAUCGCAUCGGAUUGGAACCUCGCCUUGGGCGUUUUCGCUCCGCUUUGUGGAUUCAUUCAUUCCCAUUGCUUUUAUGGAUUCAUUCGACUCGUUCGGAACUUCUCUGUGGAUUAAUUCAUCUUGGUUUUUCUCACUUGUUUUCUCACAACGUCCUCAAAAAAACCACUGAAAUACGGCGUUGGUCUUGGACGUUUCCUUUGCUUUAGGGAUUAAUUCGAUUCGUCCAGGACGUGGGAGUUUUCCGUCUAUUUUGUGGAAUAAUUUGGUUUUUCUCAAGCUAUUUUUUCCCGGUGCAACGUCCAGUGAGUUCCACCGAAAUAAGGAUUUGUACUUGGAUUGUCCGUCUGUUUUUUAGAUUCAUUUGUUGCUAUUUUUCUGGGGAGGUAUCCAAUGAAUUACCCCAAAGGAGCUAUGAAAUGAGAUUUUUAGCUUCCCUUUUUAAAUAAUAAUGUUGGUAAUUAUUAAUAAUAUUAAUAUUAUCAAUGUUAUCAAUAGUUAAUAUUAAUAUUAUUAGUAAUACCAUCAAUAAUUAAUACUAAAAUUUAGUAUUUAAUUAUUAAUUAUAAUAUUUAAUAUUACUUAAUAUUAAUUAUUCAUUAGAACAAGCCGACCCUGUGAUUAUCGUUAUCAUUUUCUCCAAGAUUACAUUCUUGGCAAACAUGGCAUUUUUAAAGCGUGGAUUUAAAUUUAUUCAUCUUUGCCAAAUAAGGAGGCACCAAGAGGACAAUUGUGUUGGACCGAGUUUUAAAAGAUGCUGGUUUUAAAGGAUCUAAAAAGGAGAAAUAUACCAGAAUGAAGAUUUCUAUAACCAUCAAAGCCAUCAUUUUGGCCUUCUGACGAAUGGAGUUUUCCAGCAAGUGGUUGAGAAGAAAGAAAGAAAAACACCACGAAAUUGCGAAAACCGUUAAGAAAAAAAAAGAAUUCGGACGUAUUGAGCCUUGAGUAUUACGACAGUAUUUUAUAUUUUGAAAGCAACUCCUUGUAUUUCCCUGCUUCCCUUUUAAAGAUAUUUCCUAUGGCUCUCCUUGUACAAAGAACAAAAGAUAUAUAUAUUAUAUAUAUAUUAAUAUUAUAUGAUAAUAAUCUAUAUUUUGUACAUAAGCGACUCCAAAGAUCUGUUUUGUGUUGUUUUCUUUUGAGGACUCCAUGAAGGUUGCGCUCGAGGCGGUGUUUCGUAUGGCCUUUGCACAAUUUAUUUAUGUAUUUAAAAAUGUAUCAUUUUGUAUGUUAUUUUUGUUGUAACGGCGGCUUCUUCUUUCUCGACCUUCCUCUUCUUUCUUAUUUAUUCUGUCUGUCCAAAGCUUUGGUGUAUUUUUUGUGUAUUUUUUAGAGAAAAAUAAAAGGGUUUUCAUGGA